AUGGCCUCCUCAGGAAUAUACAAGCUGGAUAAUGGGAAGCCUUACCUGAACAACUGCUUUCCAGCCAAAAAUCUCCUUCGGAUGCCAGACGAAGGCCGAGGACACUGGUUAGUGGCUCGGAAAUGUAACCUCAAGAAGAAGCCCAAGAGUGUGUUUGAGGAACCAGCUGAGGGUCAGGAAAGCCAGAAGAAGGUUUCUUCUGAGGUCCGGGGGAAGAAAGGGUUUCAACAGGAAAACCAAGAGGGCAUUCCUGGACAUGUGCUGGACCGGGCUUUUCUGCUGAAGCACCAUUGUGUGAGGAAGCCAUCAGACCUGGUCAACAUUAAUGCUAAGGAAAAGGACUUCAAGCAUUUUCAUUCGGUGAUUUACAUCAAUGCCUCAGAAAACCUGCUUCCUCUAGAGGCAUUUCAUACAUUUCCAACCUUAAAGGAACUGGAGCUUGCAUUUAAUGGAAUCAAAACAGUCUAUGUGAAAUAUGGAGACUUUAAGUUCUUGGAAUUCCUGGACCUUUCCUUCAACAGCCUGACUGCAGAGGCCAUUUGUGAUCUGGGGAUUCUGCCACACCUCCGUGUCCUGCUCCUCACAGGCAAUGGGCUCACCUCCCUGCCACCCAAUUUGGCUGUCACAGAACAGGAAACAUCUGUAACGUCACUGACAAGCAGGAGGUACAUCCUGAGGUUCCCAGCGCUGGAGACACUGAUGCUGGAUGACAACAAGCUCUCCAGCCCCAAUUGCUUUGCCAGCCUGGCCGGGCUCAGAAGACUGAAGAAGUUAAGCCUGGACCAAAACAGGAUUUUCCGGAUCCCGUACCUACAGCAGUUUCAGCUCCGAGACGGGUCAGGGGACUGGGUUGGAGGCAGGGGGAGUCCCCAGAAAGAGCCCCAUUCCAUGAGACAGCCCAAGCCGUGGAUGUUUGAGGUCUCAGACGAGCAACCAGAUUAUACUGUACUGCCCAUGAAAAAGGAUGUUGACCGGACAGAGGUUGUGUUCUCAUCUUACCCUGGAUUUUCAACCUCAGAGGCAACCAAGGUAUGUGCACUUCCUCCCAUAUUCGAGAUUCUUCCUGUGAAGUCACUGAAGGCCAGGAACCAGACGCUGGCCCCGCCCUUUCCAGAGCUGAGGUACCUUAGCCUGGCCUACAACAAGAUCACAAAGGAAGAUGCCAUCCUGCCAGUAGCUCUUUUCCCGUCGCUCUGUGAGCUCAUCUUUCAUAACAAUCCUCUGGUGUCCCAUACACGAGGGGUCCCUCCACUGCUGAAAAGCUUCCUCCAGGAGCGGCUGGGGAUCCACUUGAUUAGCAAGAAGAUAGUAAAAGCCAAGCAUCAUAUUUUGAUGCCUCGGAAGGACUCGAGGAAGGUGAAAACCCAAGUCCCAAAGGUGCCAAAGCGGCCUCUGAUUCUCCAUCACCUCCCUGUGACCACAGUCCAGUCUCCCUCAGAGGAGAUCGCAGAGUCCGAGGCCCAGCCGACUAAAGAGCUCUCCGCUGCCGGAAGCAGUAUUCUGGAGUCACAGAUACCUAUCGAGGGCGUGGAGGGCCUUUCCCUGUCCCACCGGACCUUCGUGCCCCUGCCUCCCAUCUGCUCUGAUUCCACCGUAUACAGUGAAGAGACCAUGUCCCACCGCAGCAACAGACCUGGCCACCGCAGCCCGGAGCACCUGUCGGACGAGGACACCAGGAGCAUGGAGUCCAUAUUCUUGACCCAGGUGGGUGAGCUGCCUUCCUCCAUCCUCCAGAGGAAUGAUUCAUCCAUGAAGGAGGAAGAGCAAAGACCACCCCACACAGCUCCCAGAGAGGUAAAGAGGGCUUGGAGGAAGCUCCCGACUGCCUCCCUCCCCAGCAAGUACCAUGGCUACGAGGAGCUGCUGACAGCCAAGCCUGAUCCAGCCUUUAUUGAGCCAAAGGGCAUCCAGAAGAAUGCACAGGCCCUGCAGCGCAUGCUGAAGUGCCCCCUGCCGUGCUGCUCUUCCAAGCCCAGGCUGGGCGCGCUUCAGAAACACUCCGUUCCCAAGGAGAAACGGGCCCAGAGGAUGCCCGUUCCACCGCCACGGAAGACUCGAGCCCAGCUGCUGGAUGACCUCCUCGUCCGCAUGCGGGAUCCCCAGAACGUUACAGAGGCUCCACUAGGAGCUGUCCUGCACCAGCGGACUGAGCGGCGGCUGGUGAACCAGAAGCAAUACCUGGAGGCCAAGCGGCUGCUGAAGGAGUUCCAGGCCCGCUACCGGCAGCUGGUGCGCUGCUCACUGCGGACGGUGUUCAGGGCCACAGCGCCGCCCCCAGGCCGCCCAGCGCUGAGUGAGGGCCAGCCUAGGUUCGGCCGCUUCCUUGAGUUCAUGGAUGAGUUCUGCCAGGGGCCCAUGGCCAGCGACUCGAAAAGCUAAGGGCUGUGCACAGGGCCAUAUGCACUGCCCCGCCUGUGCCCAACACCCUCCCAGGGCUCCGUGCCCUGGACCGUGCCUUGGGGCCAGGUGGGCCAGGUGCAGGCCUCAGACCUCGGCUUGGCCUUGCCUGCUGGCCCACAGAGAGUGGGGAACUGGUCAGGACCUCCCCUCCCUAGGCUGGGCAGGACCCAGCACCUGGCCUGGCAGCAAUAAAGAGUAGGUGCAUAG